UGCCGGCGAAGACGCGCACUCGACGGGGGCGCGCGCCGAGGCGGCUCACCUCAUUGGCAGACGAGGCGCACCGUCAAACUGCAACCGAACGUGUCGGAACCGGUCCUUAGAUAGAUAUUUUGGCCGCCCGAUUGAAGAUUCGUCGACGACGACGCGGAGGGCGAACGUAGCCGAGCUUCAAUCGCAGGUGAAUGCUCGGCGAUGUCGUGUCUGCAGACGCAGACGCGUCCACGCUGCUCGGAGGUUCUGUCGUGGCUUUACCGGGCCUCGAAUCGUGCCCAUAGUGGAUCCGACUGCUAAACGAUGAGCGACAGGAGAAGACGAAGGCCGGUCAUCAACGGAUGCGGCAUGUACUGCUUUAGAGCCUCCUGCUGAUUGUCCCCGUAUCUGUAUUUUUUAAAGACACAUUAAUACGUUUGUGUGUCAUUGGUUCGGCUCAAAUAGGGAAGUACUGUUGCCGUCUUUUUUGGCGGAUCCAUUUUUCAUUUUUUAAAAUCUAUUUUAUUCAUUUUUUUUUUUUGUAGUCACGUUUUUAGACUGCUGCUUGAAUGGGCUUUUUUGGCAAGGGGAGGACACAAUCCUUGGAGACAAGAAAGGGAACCUGGCUAACCACCAGCACCUGGGCAUCCCAAAUUAACAGAUGCGUCGAUGGCGUCAUCGGGUCAGGACAAGACGGGAUAGGACUCAAAGGGAUGGAACGUAACAGAACCAUGGCUGGGGAAGCGAUUGUGACGGCCUUGGCUCGUAUUCAGCACUGACCUGUAGUCCUGCCACCCCAGAGGCCCCCAAGUACCCCCACUCAUGACCCGCUCGUCGAUCUAACUAUUCACCUUUGGACUCUUAUUUUUCAAUUAUUCCAUUAGCAGCCAUGCACCUUUUUCUACCGGCAACUGAACGAAAAACGCAACGGUCUUUGAUGGCAGACUGGUGCGUGCAGUUGAGCCUCACCCUCCUCUUAAAUGUGGUCGCCAGUCAAAAAGCGGAACCUUCCAAGCACCCCGUCGUCACCACCAACUACGGCAAGCUCCGAGGAAUCAAGAAGGACCUAAACAACGAGAUUCUCGGUCCUGUGGAGCAAUACCUGGGCGUGCCUUACGCCACCGCGCCCAUCGGCGACCGCCGCUUUCAGCCGCCCGAAGCCCCGGGCUCGUGGCAGGAGAUCCGCAACGCCACCCACUUUGCCCCCGUGUGUCCGCAAAAUGUGCACGGGGUGCUGCCCGAGAUCAUGCUGCCCGUUUGGUUCACAGACAACCUGGACGUAGCGGCCGGGUACAUUCAGAACCAGAGCGAGGACUGCCUCUAUCUCAAUGUCUACGUGCCCACGGAGGAUGGUCCGCUCACAAAAAAACACGAUGAAUCUGCAGCCAACAAGCCCCGAGACGAAGAUAUCCGCGACCGCAGGAAGAAGCCAGUGAUGCUGUUCAUUCACGGAGGCUCGUACAUGGAAGGCACCGGAAACAUGUUCGACGCCAGCGUCCUGGCGGCUUACGGCAACGUCAUCGUGGUGACCAUGAAUUAUCGUCUGGGUGUCCUGGGUUUCCUCAGCACCGGCGAUCAAUCGGCCAAGGGGAACUACGGCCUCCUGGACCAGAUUCAGGCGCUUCGCUGGCUCAACGAGAACAUCGGUCACUUUGGCGGAGACCCUGAGAGGAUUACUAUCUUUGGAUCGGGAGCCGGGGCGUCCUGCGUCAACCUCCUCAUCCUCUCGCACCACUCGGAGGGUCUCUUCCACAGGGCAAUUGCCCAAAGUGGAACCGCCAUCUCCAGCUGGUCCGUCAACUACCAGCCCCUCAAAUACACCAAGAUCCUGGCUCGCAAGGUGGGCUGCACCUACAGCGAGACCGCCGAUCUGGUGGACUGCCUGAGGCGCAAGAACUUCAGGGAGCUGGUGGACCAGGACAUCCAGCCGGCUCGCUACCACAUCGCGUUUGGACCCGUCGUGGACGGUGACGUGGUGCCCGACGAUCCCGAGAUCCUCAUGCAGCAGGGGGAGUUCCUUAACUACGACAUGCUAAUUGGUGUCAAUCAAGGAGAGGGGAUGAAAUUUGUCGACGAUAGUGAGGACAACGAAGGCAUCUCAGCCGCAGCGUUUGACUACACCAUCUCCAACUUUGUCGACAACCUCUACGGGUACCCCGAGGGUAAAGACAUCCUAAGGGAGACCAUCAAGUUCAUGUACACGGAUUGGGCGGAUAGGGACAACGGCGACAUGCGGCGCAAGACCUUGCUCGCUCUGUUUACAGACCACCAGUGGGUGGCGCCGGCGGUGGCCACCGCCAAACUCCACGCCGAGUUCCAGUCGCCUGUUUACUUUUAUACCUUCUACCACCACUGCCAGACGGAGACGCGGCCCGAGUGGGCCGACGCGGCCCACGGAGAUGAGAUACCCUAUGUUUUCGGGGUGCCCAUGAUCGGUGCCACGGACUUGUUCCCGUGCAACUUCUCCAAAAACGACGUGAUGCUCAGCGCCGUUGUCAUGACCUACUGGACCAACUUUGCCAAGACUGGGGAUCCCAACUUGCCAGUCCCCCAGGACACCAAAUUCAUUCACACCAAACCCAACCGAUUUGAAGAAGUUAUCUGGACCAAGUUCAACUCCAAGGACAAGCAGUACCUCCACAUCGGCUUGAAACCUCGCGUCAGAGACAACUACAGGGCCAACAAGGUGGCCUUCUGGUUGGAGUUGGUUCCCCAUCUCCAUAAUAUCCACGACGAGUUCUUUUCCACCACCACUCGUUCACCCCCCGGUCCGGGCCCCGGCACCCCCAGGACCAGAACUACGGGCUCCCGCACCACCCAUCGCCCUUACCCCACCUUUUCUUACGACCCCGAGCCCGACGGUUCGGAGCGUCCGCCUCGCGUUCUUUUCCCGGGCGACACGCGCGACUACUCCACGGAGCUGAGCGUGACCGUCGCCGUGGGGGCGUCCCUGCUGUUCCUCAACAUCCUGGCCUUCGCCGCCCUCUACUACAAGCGCGACAAGAGGCACGAGAUGCGACGUCACCGUCUCUCUCCCCAGCGGGGCGGCCCCGCCAACGACCUGGCUCACAGUCAGGAGGAGGAGAUCAUGUCCCUGCAAAUGAAGCAUUCCGAGCACGACGCUCAUCACGAUAUGGAACCGCUGCGGCCCCACGACAUCCUGCGGCCCGCCUGCCCGCCAGACUACACGCUGGCGCUGCGCCGGGCCCCGGACGACGUGCCUCUGAUGACGCCCAACACCAUCACCAUGAUCCCCAGCACCAUCACGAGCAUGCAGCCCCUUCAUGCCUUUAACACCUUUCCCACCACGGGCCACAACAACACUCUGCCCCACCCCCACUCCACCACUCGAGUAUAGUAGUGGCUGAGCCGUCACCAAAGCACCGCUAGCCCGACUGGCUGUGCUUCUAACCACCGUCCAAGAGGAGCCUCUGGAUGUGUGGUGUAGUGACUCUGUCCACCACCUCCGUAUUGUGCUGCCGAGCACAUUCGCGCGCGUGUGAGUAGAAACUGAGCUGUACGUUCGGGAGAAACGACUAUUUUCAACAAAAUGUCGGGAUGUUUUUCCGAGCAGCCACUUGCCAUUUACUGAAGGGACCUCUCGCCUUUUUAGUAUGACGGUGCCACCUUGUUUCAUUCCCUGAUGUGUCAUUCUCUUUUCUACAUCCCUGCUUUCCCAGCAGGGCCGAGAAGCAAAAGUGGUAUUGGCCAUGGGGCAAAAUGGAAUUUGCCAUGUGGCAAAAUGGAUUUCGCCAAGUGGCAAAAUGGAUUUUGCCAUGUGGAAUUUUUUUGCCAAGUGACAAAAUGGAUUUUUCCAUGUGGCAUUUUUUCCCGAUGUGUCAAAAUGGAUUUUGCCAUGUGGCAUUUUUUUGCCAUGUGGCAAACUUUUUUGGCCAAAAAUGCCACAUGGCAAAAAUAAUGCCACAUGGCAAAGAAAAAAGCAGUACCUCCUCAUCGCACCACGGUGUGGCACUUUUUUUUGUUUGCCAUGUGUCAAAAAUGCUACAUGGUAAAAAAUACCACAUGGCAACAUCCAUUUUGCCACAUGGCAAAAAAAAAAAAAAAAGCCACAUGGCAAAGACAAAAUGCCAUUUUUUGCAAUGUAGCAAACUUUUUUGGCCACGUGUCAAAAAUGCCACAUGGCAAAAAAGAAAAUGCCACAUGGCAAAGAAUAAAGCAGUACCUCCACAUCAGACCACGGUGUGGCAAACUUUUUUUGCCAUGUGGCAUUUUUGCCACAUGGCAACAUCCAUUUUGCCACCUGGCAAAAAAAAAAGCCACAUGGCAAAGAAAAAAAAUGCCAUUUUUGCCAUGUAGCAAACUUUUUUGGCCACGUGUCAAAAAUGCCACAUGGCAAAAAAGAAAAUGCCACAUGGCAAAGAAUAAAGCAGUACCUCCACAUCAGACCACGGUGUGGCAAACUUUUUUUGCCAUGUGGCAAAAAAGGCCACAUGGCAAAAAAAAAAAAAGCCACAUGGCAAAGAAAAAAUGCCAUUUCUUGCCAUGUGUCAAACUUUUUUGGCCAUGUGUCAAAAAAUGUCACGUGGCAAAAAAAAUGCAACAUGGCAAAACCCAUUUUGCCACAUGGGAAAUAACACUAUUGGUUCUCGCUGUUUCUUCGCUUUCCCCCGACUCCUUUUCCAGCGUUGAUCAAGGCAGGUGUUAAAAUUAAAAAAAAAAAAAAUCUAUGUUAAACGUUCAUUCAACCAGCAUUCUCGGUGCCAAGUUAGUGUUUGCGAUCCCACAAAGGGCAAAAAUGCUCAAGCAAAAGGGAGUAUUUAUUGUCCACUAACAAAUGUGUUCUCAUGACAAAGUGCCAAACUGGCCCUUGAUUGUGCUUUUGUUUUUAUUCACUGCUCGUCUCGUUUGUUUAGUUGUUUUUUUUUUUUUCAUGUGUAACUGCAUUUUGUUUUGUUGAAGAUAUAGAUAUAGAGAGUAUAAUUAUAUAAAAAUACUAUAUAGUUGUAUAUGUGUACAAAGGAGAAAGUCUAUAAUUGGGUAUUUUACAGUAGGGGGAUCUAUGCAUGAAUUCUUUUCAAAGGAGGCUCACGGGGAGGGGAGGGGAGGGGAGGGGGGCAUUGUUUCCACACAUUUUCCCAAGACGGACAAAAGUGCAUCCGUUCAGGAAAACGCAAAAGAAAACAUCUGUGAACCUGGUCUUCAUCGCGCUCAUCUUCCACGUGGAUAUUCAGACAACCUCCCGGUCUUCACAAGAUACCAAAGCUGUGCUUGUGACUCAUUUUUCGAUCCGUCGUUUGUUUCAAGUGGACUCGGCCCAAAGAAUGCCUGUCACAUUUCCCACUUGUUUUCAUGACGAUUCGGCUCUUUUAUUUCUGUCCUCGCGUUCAAGAAUCAAGUUCAAUGCCGACACUGAGCACAUACGGGAACGACGGGACAGGUGGGAUGCAGGGUACUUGAGAUCUUUAAAGCGGCAAAAAUCCCGACGGUGCCCGUUUCUUUCGUUGUGGCCGCUCGUGCGCUCGCUUUUAGUCUGUUCGUUUGAUUUCUUUCUCGUGUUACGGUCCACGAAUGCGAGCAAAGGUGGCAGAGUCCACCGACUCAUUGAGCCCUUGGUCUUUGCAAGUGGUGAGACACGUGCACAAAACUCAAAACUGAGAAGAUGAUGAGCGGGUAAAGAGACUUUGGAGAAAGCCUUAAAUUAAAAUGAGGACGUUUCAAGGCAUGGCCAGCUUUGUAUCUUCUAUGUUUGUCGAGAUGAAACCUUUGCUAUUCUGUCCUCUGGAGGAUAUCCGUUCCAUGCUUUUGUAUCCUUGUUAGGUCAAUGAGAGGGGCAUGAGGCCAAUGCGUUGGAAGCAGAUUACCGUAACCACUGCACUUCUUGUCUAUUUUAUAAACUGCCACUGGAAGAUGAUAUGCUGCGUGCAAGGACAACUGAAGGAAGACACACACAAUACCGCAAAAGAAUAAAGUGUACAUUUUGAAGUGUAAACAUAAAACUGAUAAAAUAUUUGUAAAUAUUCAGUUUCCUGAUAGUUUGAGGUUUUUUUUUUUGGGAAGUGAUGGGGAAAAAAUGCUCAAAUUUUGUGACGACCGACGACAACAGGUGCAUUUUGCAAGAAAGGGAAGCUGUCUUGUCCUGAUUUCACAAAUGUAGCAUGGAGUCACUGUAGCAAAAAUUCAUCAAGUAAAGUUCUGUGCUAGCAGUAAUAUAUAUGUAACAAGUCUGCAUGGAGCUGCGCAGCACGAUGCAAUCCGUCCCGAACUGGACGAGGGGAACGGAUCACGCCGUGCGGCCGGGCUUACAUAUACAGUGGUACCUCUACUUACGAACUUAACGAAGGAAUUUGCCCCCCGCCCGCCAAGCUGCGGAAACAUUGCCAGCUGAACGAAAUGCUGUUCCGCUGGCACUGCUCCCGCAAGCCAACCGGUGGGGGCCAAACUUCCGCACGUUCACUCCCAUGUUCACCCUCUGUACUGACUCCAUGUUCCAAAAGUUUGAAGAAGGCUCACCGAAAACAGGUUGACCAUUUAUUCGUUGACACUGGUCAAAAACAAGGCAAAAACAGGAGGGACCCUACUGGAUCCAGGGUCGGCAAACAAGGCUACAGAGAAAUGUUCCCGAGCAGAUACCGUGUCAUCUAAAUGUUCAGUUCUUUUUGAAAGCUGCGGUGGAGUGGGCCGGGCCGAAGGCGUGGCUGGGUGUUGUCUUGGGAUCAUUCCUCUGUAGCAGGUCAGGUUCGUGCGUCAUCCUUGGUGGCUGGGACGUGGUUGCCACGGCGACCGACGCAGGUCUUCACGUCCAAGGCGCCCGCGCUAUCAAUUUUUUAUCCUGGUUGGGCAGCCGAUACUACUUGUUUUAGGACUGAGCGCCCUGCUCUUUGUCCUGGAGUGCCCGGGAGAACUAAUUGCAAGAGUUGGUGCGUCAAUCUUGCACGUGACACGUUGGGCUUCUGUUAUAUGAUGGCGUUGUGUAUCUUUUAUACCCUCUAUUCUGCUUUUCAUUAAACUAUAGUCUAAGUGCUAUUUAUUUUAUAUUAGGUGUGUUAGAGUAAUACAAACAGUCCUACAGUAAAUAUGAGAAAUGAUACUAUUCCCUGAUUGAUUAUAUUACGUGUGUUAGAGUAAUGCAAACAGUUAUGUUGUGUGCAAGAAAGGUAACUAUUCCCUUCAUUAUUGGUUUCGUAACUUGAAAAUUCGGAUGGCUAAGGACCCCUCCUUUAGCUGCCACCCAACAUCCUAUGCACCUGACCUUCUUGGCCCCUCUCACAAGUGGUGAGCACAUGGGAAGGACUCUGCAUCGGUCCGUCGUGGUGAAGAGGGAGCUGAGCCGAAAGCCUAAGCUUUCUAUUUACAUUCCUACCCUCACCUAUGGGCUGUGGGUCGUGAUCGAGGACACAAGCGGCCAAAAUGAGUUUCCUCCGUUGACUGUCCGGGCUCUCCCUUAGAGAUAAGGUGAGAAGUUCGGUCAUCCGGGAGUGGCUCGAAGUAAAGCCGCUGCUCCUCCGCAUCGAGAGGAGCCAAAUGAGGUGGCUUGGACGUCGUAUAAAGAUGUCUCCGGGGCUCCUCCUUGGUGAGGUAUUCCGAGCACGCCCCACGGGGAGGAAGCCACGGGGCCGACCUAGGACACGCCGCGGAAACUGUCUGCCGGCUGGCCUGGGAACGCCUUGGGAUCCCCCAAGAAAAGCUGGCUGAAGUGGCUGGGGAAAGAGAAGUCUUGGCUUCCCUUCUGAAGCUGCUGCCCCCGCGUUCCGACCUGGGAUAAGCCAAAGAAAAUGGAUGGAACUUGAAAACUCUGUAAGUAGAAACGUGUUUUUCAUGUAUAUGCCCCAAUGUGUUCCAAACCCCCAAAAUUCAAACAUACAUCUUAUAAAGUGCAAAAAAAAAAAAAAUGCAUCAUAUCAUGUAACAAAUACAUGUUACAAUUAGAUUAUUGCAAAAUAAACAUACAAUCAGAGCUGUGCAUAAUGUAAAAAGUUAAUCCACUCAUGUAAAGCUGUCUGAAUACAAGGGGCGAAUAAACAGGACGUUGGGAUACACGCUUACACAUACAGUAGAGGUCCCUCUUAGCCAAUUCUGUAUGCAGAGACGUUCGUAAGUAGAGGUACGUACCACCGUACAUAGUGAGUCCUUGAGUGCGAACAAUAUCCGUUCCUACGUAUUCGUGCGAGUAACACCACUCAAUAAGAGGUGAAUGGGCACAGCCUUUGGUUCACAGUGAAUUAGUUCUUCACAUGUGUACAUGAAGCCACUAAUGUGGGUCUAAUCUGAGGGCUUUGAUACCAAGAUGCCUCGCAUACACACACACAUGAAAAAGGUCUUAGUUAUUAUCAAGGCCUCCAAACCUGUUUUCUUUAUGAUAGAGGAGGUGUAGUUGCAUUUUUUUUAAACUAAGCAAGGUCGUUGGUUUGAAGUCAAUUGUAAUUAGUACAUGAAAGCAGACCCGUCACCAUCCCCGAAAGGCUUGUGCCCCUUUACUCAAAGCACAGAAGUGUUAGUCCACGACAUUUUUAGGGGUAAAAAGUCCCAAAAAAAGCAAAUCCUAGCUUUACAACCCACUGUUGAUGCUUGACAAGUUGAAUUUUUGUGUAGAAUGCUCACCAUUGUUUUUGCAGCUGAUCAAGAAACGCAAACCUGCCUGGGAAGUGAAGUUUAAUGUGCUGUGUGACUGUAAGCUCAUUCCAAAUAAAGCAUUAGAGUAGCAAUUAUUAUGCCCCCAUGCGUUUCAUAUGCCCCCCUUAAGACUAACGUCUGGUGACGGGCCUGCAUGAAAGCACACAAUAGCAAAGAAACACAUGUACACACGGCCUUCAUGCUGGGGUUCCCAUGCAAAGUUGCACCUGUUGUCUUUUUAUUUAUUUUUUUUUCAUUAUUAUUAUUGUUUGGGAGGGUCUUUUCUUACCAAAAACACAAGAUUUGAGAUGAAGAAAAUGUUCAUGAGUGGCAUUAUGGAGAAAAAGGUGCUAAAAAAAAAAAAUAGAAACUAUAAUUGAUCUUUCUGUUUUCUUUAGAAAUUAUCAACUGUAUGCUGUGAUACUGAUCUGGGAAACAUUAAAGACAUUCAUAGCCAGAGUGUGCACCUCGUGUCUUUGUUGAAGCUGCUAUUCAAUAAUAUACAGUGCUGGGCAAAAGUAUUGGCACCCCUGCAUUUCUGUCAACUAAUGCUCAAAGGAUUGCAAUUACAAAUUCUUUGGAAGUAAUAUCUUAGUAAGACACAAAAGAAAAUGGGGGAAAAAAUUAAAUCAUGAUCAUUUUUACAAAACUCCAAACAUGGGCCGGAAAAAAGUAUUGGCACCCUUUGAAAAAUCAUGUGAUGCUUCUCUAAUUUGUGAAAUGAACAGCACCUGUUACUUACCUGUGGCACAUAACAGGUGGUGACAAUAAAUCACACCUGCAGCCAGUUAAAAUGGAUUAACGUUCACUCAACCUCUCUCCUGUGUCCUUGUGUGUACCACAUUGAGCAUGGAGAAAAAAGGAGACCAAAGAACUGUCUGAGGACUUGAGAAGCAAAAUUAUGAGGAAGCAUGGGCAAUCUCAAGGCUACAAGUCCAUCUCCAAAGACCUUAAUGUUCCUGUGUCUACCGUGCGCAGUGUCAUUAAUAAGUGUAAAGCCCAUGAUACUAUGGCUAACCUCCCUAGAUGCGUACGGAAAAGAAAAAUUGAUGAGAGAUUUCAACGAAAGAUUGUGCGGAAGGUGGAUAAAAAAAAAAAACCCUCGAUUAACAUCCAAACAAGUUCAAGCUGUCCUGCAGUCCGAGAGUACAAGAGUGUCAACCCGUAGUAUCCGACAGCAUCUGAAUGAAAAGGGACUCUAUCUACUCAACAGUGUCACUCCAAAACACCAAAAUAACAUGUGAAAUAAUAUAAUAAUGUGUUAAUUUCACACAUAAGUCGCUCCGGAGUAUAAGUCGCACCCCAAGUUAAACUAUGGGGGGGGGAAAAAACCCUGCGACUUAUAGUCCGAAAAAUACGGUAAUAAUGGUAGGGUCAAGUUUAUCUUUACAGAUGGGAAGACGCUCGAAAUUACCUCCAGAAAUGAAGUCAUUAUAUCAUCAAAUAAGGUUGCUUAAAAGUUGGUGCUGAUUAUUUGACAAUCCUGAAGUGUUGGUAGUGUUAAGUCCCUACCGU